AUGGAAAGGAAUGAUUUGAUCGACUUCAAGGCUUUGGAGAAAGAGCUGCAGGCUGCACUCGCUGCUGAUGAGAAGUAUAAACGGGAGAAUGCUGCCAAGUUGCGGGCAGUGGAACAGAGGGUGCCUUCGUAUGAGGAGUUCAGGGGUAUUGUCCUUGCAUCACACCUGAAGCCACUGGAGCGGAAGGACAAGAUGGGGGGAAAGAGAGCCGUGCCAUGGAACUGGCAUGCUACUCGUGGAAGUGCUUUCCAGGAUGUGGCCACUGAGAUCUGCCAGGAAAAGGCUCCGUUCCAGCCUGGGACCUCAGCAGAGUUCUACCGCGAUUGGCGACGCCACUUGAGGAGUGGGCCAGAGCGCUACCAGGCCCUGCUGCAGCUUGGGGGUCCCAAGCUGGGCCACCUCUUUCAGACAGAUGUAGGGUUUGGACUUCUAGGGGAGCUGCUGGUGGCACUGGCUGAUCAUGUGAGGCCAAGUGACCGAGCGGUGGUUCUGGGGAUCCUGCAUAGCCUGGCCAACACUGGGCGCUUCACCCUGAACUUGAGUCUGUUGAGCCAGGCAGAGAGAGCGAGCUGCCAAGACUUAUUUCAGAAGCUGCAGGCCAUGGGCACCCCCAAACCCACACAGGAGGAGCUCAUCCGGGAUGAGUCAAAUGUGAAGGAGCAGUCUGAUGAGGUCCAGGAGGAGGAGGGGCUCCUGAAGGAGCUACUAGGGCUGUACCAGGUCCAUUGA